AUGGUAGAGGAUCUCCUAAAGGCAGGACACUUGAAGCAGUACAUCCGAAUAGUGCCUAAAGGUGAAGAAUCUUCCCAUAGUCGAGGCCCACGCACCCCAGCAGCUCCUGCUAGAGCAAUGAUCAACUAUAUAUACGGAGGACCCUUGGAUGACGAGUACAAUUCCAAAAGGAAAAGGCAAAGUCUACUGCGAGCGGCUACGGUUUGGGAACACGUAAGCUCCAUCCGCCCAGGGUUAGCCAAUGGGAGCAUCCAUCCCAUAGAUGGGACCAUUGUCUUCCCCGCUCUAGAUCCAUCCCGAGUGCUGCAGCCGCACCGAGAUGUUCUCAUCCUAACAAUAAGGGUGGGAGACUAUGACGUAAAAAGAAUCUUGAUUGACCCAGGUAGUUCCACGGACCUAUUGCAGGUGGCGGUCAUCAAACGAAUGGGUUUCGAACCCUCCAGCCUGGAAAAUCCCGGAAGAACCCUGUCCGGAUUCAAUGGUUCAUCCACAACCUCACUUGGGGAUAUAAUACUACAGGUUCAUGCCGGGCCAGUCAUCCUAAAUGUUCUGUUUUCUGUGGUUGAGGAUUUAUCCCCCUUCAAUGCCAUUUUGGGACGCACGUGGUUGCAUGGAAUGAAGGCCAUUCCAUCCACAUAUCAUCAAAGGGUCAGCUUCAUUACCCGAGAUGGGCAAAUUAAUCUUUACGAAAGCCAGCUCGCUGCUCGACAAUGUUAUCAGAUCGCUCGCGAGGCCGGACCCAGUGCCGACCGCGAGCAUUCCUCCAAAGAAGCAAAUGCUUCUGACCAAUAG